AUGGAGUCGGACAAUUCCUCGGUUGAGGCGCCCAAGAGCCCGCCUGUCGAUGACAAGUCCCCUGCCACCGAGCAGACUCCCCCGAUCGAUCUCAAGAAGACGCCCGAGACGUCCCCCGACAAGGGCGUCGUCGCAUCCGAGCCGGCAAGCCCACAAUCAGACAAGAUUGAGCCUGAAAAGGCUUCUUUCGCUACCACCAUGACCAGCGCGGCCUACACCGGAGGCAGCGAGGCAAAUUCAUUCGUCAAGGACACCACCCUUGAUGACGACACUGGCAACGAGGACAACCUGAGCCCUCCACCCGAGUCUAUGAGCGGCAUAUCUAGCGGCGAUGUGGUCAUGAAUGAGGGGUCCCAGGAUGAGAUCGUCGUCGGUUCUGCCAAUAAUGAUGGCACCCCCAAGAACGAGGCUCAGCCUGUCCCUUCUGAGAAGGAGGACUCCAGCAUCAUGGACAUCGACCGAGACGAGAACAAGGCUGAACCUCCUACGUCUACCUACCCUAAGCGGAAGCGGUCUUAUGUCUUUGGCGACCUUACUGAGGACAAGAUGAACAAGAGCUUGCUCGCCGACGAGACAGACGACGAGGCUUCUCCUGUUCCAGGCCCUGCCACAGCAACCAGGUCGGGCAAGACCCCCCGUACAACUCAUGGCCUUGCUAGCGUCAAGGGCGUGACCAUUGGUUACUGGCGCGAGUCCAAGGCGCCGAUUGGCGACAAGCAUAUUGUUAAGGGCUUUAUUGAUUCUCGCGAUCGUCUCCGCACACGUGUCCAGCCCUGCAACCGCGAGGGAAAAGUUGUCACCGACCUGUACCCCCUUAAUCCUGGACCGGGUGGCAGCUGGGUCACCUUUGAGAAGAUCGUUUUUGACAACCACCUUGUGCACCUCGACCAAACCCAGGUCAAGGAGUAUGUCAAGAUCCGGUCCGACAUGGACGAACCGGAGAGCGAGGUCGGUGCAAACGACACAGCUGCAGUCCAGCAGGCUAUUGCCCGCUGCAAGGCCCGAGGCGCCCAGGUUGAGGGUGCCCAGCCGCCGCAGAUUGCUUAUGGUGUCGACAUCCCCGACCACGCCCUUCACCGCCCCGAGAAGCGUCGUCGCACCGGUGGCCCGUCCUCUGCCAACGCCACCCCCGUUGCGAAGGCCACCAACGCCCAGUCGCACGCCCCGGUGGCUGAUCUCCACGGAACUCGCCCUACGAAGAUCCUCCUUGGUUUCUGGAAGGGUUCUGCCGAGCCCGACGACAAGGACAAGCACGCCGUCUUCGGAAUCCUUGGCAACAAUGACAUGUUCCGUGUCAAGGUCGGCCGCGAGACUCGCGAUGGCAGACCGCUACAGAGCAACUUCCCUUCGGGCGCGGGCGCACUAUGGCUCUCUUUUGAUGAGUAUCAGAUCGAAGAUUACCUCGAGGGCCUCACCAGAAUGGAGCUCAAGGAGUACUGUCGUGUUCGCCAGUACCAGAUGGACCACGGCGAGCGGGCCGAGGAGAAGGAUCAGAACCGCAAGGUCGCCAUCGAUGAAGCACGCGCACGAGUCGCUGCGGGCUUCACCAAGCCUGAGCCUAGGGAGCACCCCUUGCCCUCCAACGCCAACGGCAACCUCGGCGAAGGUCCCUACACUGAAGCUGUCCUCAAGCACGAGGCUCCUACUCAUGAGACCCGUCAGGCCCACGCCCGCCGUUCGCUUCCGACUCUCGUGCCAAACCAGGCCCGUCAGUCCACGCAGCCUCCCGAGUUCCGCGCUGCCAAUAGAUCGGGUGGUGUCGAGUCCCGUACCAACAACCUCGCCGUCAACGCGGUCGCCCGCGCAGAGGCAAGGCAGACAAAGAACGACCAGCGCGAGGCUGCCUACAUAGCCCGCCAGAGCACCGAGGGAGACGCAGAAGGAGAUGUUGACGGUCAGUCCACCUUCCAGGACAACGUCUCCCGCCUGAACCGCGUCUGGGCUGCUCAGGAGGCCCACCGCAUGCGAGCGAACAAGGAGGACGCCAAGAUCUACAUGGGCAUUAAGUACGAGCGUAAGCAGACUGGCCCCUUCGAGGGCAAGCUCGUCUCCCAGGGAACCAUCAUCUCUAUUGACGGUGAGGACUAUGUGGAGUACCGUGUUCUUACCAAGCCCACCUUCUUCUGA